GAUUGAGUGGCCAUUGUUUUUAUAAUUAGCCAGAUGUAAUAGUUAUUUAACUAUAAAUAAGUAAUUAAGUAGAUUAACUAUUAACAAGAAGAAAAGAUUUUAUUUAUGUUUAUAAAUUUUCCUAAGUAUUGGAUGAUAAAUUUUAAACAUGGGCAAUGCUGACACAAAAUUAGUGUUCAGAAAAGCUGUUGUACAAUUGACUUCUAAAACUCAAACAAUUAGUGCUGAAGAUGAUGAUUUUUGGAAUCAAUUUUGGUCUGAAAAUGUAACUAAUGUACAAGAUGUAUUCACAUUAGUACCAGCUGCUGAAAUUCGGCUUUUGAGAGAAGAUGUGCCAGCAAAUCUUGCUACAUUAUGUUAUAAAGCUGUUGAAAAAUUUGUUAAGGCUGUUGAAAACAGCUGCCGCACUCAACAAGAUCAAAAUACUGUAUUAAAUUGUUCUCGGCUUUUAACUCGAAUUCUACCAUACAUUUUUGAAGAUCCUGAUUGGGAAAAUAUAUUUUGGUCAAGUUUACCUGCUGGAAAAGGAGAUCCUCCUAUACCAUUAGCACAUUCUUUAUGUAGUGCUCUCUGUGAUUUAUUAUUUUGUCCUGAUUUUACAGUUGCCUCUAACCGCAAAAAUGGCCCAGAUAAAGCUGAAGAUCUUCAAGCUGUUGACAGUUGUGAAUAUAUUUGGGAGAAAGGUGUUGGCUUUGCUCAAUCACCUGUAAAAAGUGCUGUAUUUGAAUUAAAUAGAACUGAAUUACUGAGAUUACUAUUGACUUGCUUCAGUCAAGCUAUUUAUUCAUCUCAUCAAAAUGUUAAUAGAUGGGUACAAUAUAUUACCUCAGCUGAUAAUCGUCAUGCUUUACCUAUGCUUACCUCACUUUUAAAUACUGUAUGUGGAUAUGAUCCAAUAGGUAUUGGUCUUCCAUACAAUCACUUAAUAUUUGCAGAUACAACAGAGCCAUUAGUUGAUGUAUGCUUACAAAUUUUAAUUGUAUCUUUAGAUUCUGGCAUACAACAGAGUGAUGAUGCUGUUUUUGAAAAUCUUUUUAUAAACUAUUUAUCUAGAAUACAUCGCGAUGAAGAUUUUGCAUUUAUAUUAAAUGGCUUUACAAGACUUCUAAUGAAUCCAUUAAGACAGACAUAUCUUCCAAAUUCUACAAAAAAAGUUCAGUUUCAUCAAGAGUUGUUGAUUUUUUUUUGGAAAAUAUGUGAAUUUAAUAAAAAAUUCUUAUAUUUUGUCUUAAAAAGUAGUGAUGUUCUUGAUGUAUUGGUUCCAAUUUUAUAUCAUUUAAAUGAUUCUAGAGCUGAUCAAUCUCGAAUUGGAUUAAUGCAUAUUGGAGUGUUUAUAUUACUACUUUUAAGUGGUGAAAGGAAUUUUGGAGUACGUUUAAAUAAACCAUAUACAUCCACUAUACCUAUGGACAUACCUGUAUUCAGUGGUACACACGCUGAUCUACUUAUUGUUGUAUUUCAUAAAAUCAUAACUACGGGACAUAAUAGGAUGCAACCAUUAUUUGAUUGUCUACUUACUAUUUUAGUAAAUGUUUCCCCUUACUUGAAGACACUUUCUAUGGUUUCCAGCACUAAACUAUUACACUUAAUGGAAGCAUUUACAACACCUUGGUUUUUAUUCUCUUCGCCAUCAGCCAAUCAUUUAGUGUUUUUUUUAUUGGAAAUUUUUAAUAACAUUAUUCAGUAUCAAUUUGAUGGUAAUUCAAAUCUAGUAUAUACCAUAAUACGUAAAAGACAAGUUUUUCAUAGUUUAGCAAAUUUGCCAUCUGAUUACAAUACAAUUGUCAAAUCAAUGACAAAAAAAUCAAAAAAAAAUUUACAAGCUAUUACUCCGCCCAAUCUUAUGGUUUAUGAAUUGCCUAGUAUGGAAGGUUCAACUCCAGCAUUACCAGCUGAACCAGGAACUCUAAAUGCUACAUUACCUGAUACUCCUGGAGUGAUGAAAAUCACUGAACGUGAAAGUGCCCAUCCAGGUAAUGUAACUUUACCUGCUGAAUUAGUUUCAUCUAAUGUCAUAACAAAAGAAUUUGUGGACCAAGCAUACAAUGAAGGGGAAUCUUCUCCCAAGAUGUCUUCAUCUAAGAAUCUUUUAGUUUGUGCUGUGUACCACAAGAUAUUACCUCUGACAUAUGUUAACUGUUUUAAAAAAGAUGACUCUGAAUGGAUACCUACUGUUGAGUGGGUAAGAUCAUGGAAAGAGAAGUUACCCUUACAAACAAUAAUGCGAUUACUUCAAGUAUUAGUACCUCAAGUGGAAAAGAUAUGUAUAGAUAAAGGAUUGACUGAUGAAAGUGAGAUUUUAAAGUUUUUACAACAUGGUACCUUAGUUGGUCUAUUACCAGUGCCUCAUCCAAUAUUAAUUCGAAAGUAUCAAUCAAAUUCCGGUACAACUGCAUGGUUUCGUACAUUCAUGUGGGCAGUAAUAUUUUUAAGAAAUGUAGAUCCACCAAUAUGGUUUGAUACUGAAGUCAAAAUGUUUGAAAUACAACGAAUGUAAACUAGUCAUUCAUCAUAGUUUAUCUCGCGAUUUUAUUGUCAAUACUUUUUUGUUAUAUUUUAAAUUGUGACAUAAUAUAUAUUAUAAAUAAUUUUCAUGUAUAUUUAUAUUGGUGUAAUUUUUUAUAUAUUGGUUAAUAUUUAUAUUGCCUUGGAAACUAUAUUAUUAUUUGCUUUUUGUUUUAUAUAAAACAAAUUUUGUGUUGUGACUUAAUUUGUAUCUAGAUGUUAUAUAAUU